GAUGAUGAUAUUCAAAGCUGUGUUCUCAAGGGCGUGAUCUCCAUAUGACCGGGAAGUGUGGGGUCUCCAAGAUUUAAACGGAGAUCCAGCAUAUGUCCGCGCUCAGAGUCACCUAUCCUCUCGAGUCGUCCCUAUGCAUUCACAAUCUCACAACGUCGAGUAUCCUGGCAAGGUAUGGACCGACUCUGAGGCCUCUGUCGUCGCCAAGCUUGACAGGUUAGCUUGGAGGAGCGGUGCUCGAGUUGAAGAGGUUCAAUGACCAGCAAUCGAUAACGCGACGCGACUGAUUGAUUUUUCUGGUACCACAAACGGCAGCGCGGUUCUGCUUAGCAGCAUGCCCCGACUCGAAGAUGUCGCUUGUGCGAUAUGUAUGGACUCUCUAUUCUGUGGAAAGAAUGAUUUGGAUGAAGUGCUGCCGAUCUCUACGACAUCAUGUGGCCACGUCUUUCACGAUCUGUGUAUAAGAAACUGGUUCGCGACUCAAACAGAGGGACGAAGGGAAGCGGCACAACGAACUGGUCGAGCCUCCUCUGCUCGCGAACCUGGACCUGUUUGCCCAACAUGUAGGACUCCCUGUAGCGAGAACCUAGACACGGCGCCGGAAAUCCAGAAAUUAUACAUAAAUACGGAAGGAGAUGCGGAUCGCCAUAUAGGCUCCUCCUCAAGUCGAUCACAGGGGACAUUGUCUCAGAUGACUCCGAGGAAGAGCGAAAAGGAUCGACAGGUCAUAUCUAUGGCUAGGAGGGCGAGGGAUCUACAAGACGAACUAACGAAUCACAGCUCAGAGAGCGAGUUGACUCAUGUGAACAACUCGCUUGUCAAAGUUGAGGCUCUAGUGGAGGAAGUCGCUUCAGAGCAAGCAUUCCACACUAUGAAGACGUACCUCGGAGGCCUGACGAAAGCUAUCAAUACCUUUCGCGCGACGCUCGAGACCAGUCCCCUCAACUCGACAACGAGAGAGAAACUAAGCGAAUUUGCUCUGGUUCAAGAUCAGCUUCGUGAACGGUUGAAACAUUUCGAUACGGUCCUCAUACCUCGAGCUGUCCAAAAGGCUCGAUCGGAGGAACGUCUCGCCGCGCAAAGGCUUCUUAAUGACGAGGUGAAAGCGAGAGAGAGGAUCCAGGCAGAAUACGAAAAGGAAAAAGUGGCUAGGCGUUUGGCUAGAACUGCAAAGGCGGAUCUCGAAGCCGCUUUUGAGAAGGAAAGAGCGACUCUCAAGGCAGAGUUGAAACGCGGGGAAGAAGAGAGGGCAGCAUUGAACACAACUCUGGCAGAACGCACAAAGCUAUUGAAAUUCUCUCAGGCCAAGGCAGAGGAUCGGCGGAAUCUUAAGGGCAGAGUCAAAGAGCUCGAGGCGGAAGUCGCUCGGCUGCGAAGCGAAGCUGCUCAGAAUGUUAGAGCGCCGGCAGCGGAGCAGCCUUCUCGUACCAUCAAUCCAUCAUCCACCUCUGGCAAUGUUACGUCGAGUGAUCCACUAUACGAUUUCCCCGCAGAUCCCCCGGUCUCUGACGAUAUGGAUUUUGUCAGUCAACACGCGCAAUCUCGUAGACGCCGAGCCGACCCCGAUGAAUCGCUUCAAAUCGAUAUGCCCUCGUUGGAUGAAGAAUCCUUCCGUCGAUCGAAAAAGCCUUCUACGACCGCUCGAACAUACGCCUUCACUUUGGAUUCACCAAGGCGUCAGAAAAAGUCCACUGCGAUAGAUCUCACAUCACCAGACGACGCAGCCUUGCCUCCCAUGGUACGGUCAGGGCUGCAACAGGAUAGCUCUUCACCCGCUGGAAUCAUUCGGACGAAUCCUUUCCGGGCUACAGAAGAUAUAGCAGGUCGUCGGAUGUUGAAGUCGUCCUCUACUUCUGCCAUACACCUGGGGCAAAGCACAGGACACCAUCAGAUCCACUCUCUUCGUCGGCCUUUACAGCCAAAAGCAACUGGCCUCUCGGAUGAAACCAGGCUUGAGAAUGGGUCCAAGUCGAACAAGUUCAAGGCUUAUUUCGAUCUUGCAGAUGCGAAUGGACGUCCAAAGAAGGGUGUUGUGGGAGGAGCCAAGGUCCGGAGAUUAGCGUGAAGGAGGAGAUUUGGUUAGACAUUGAGCGGUUUUACGACUAAUGGCAUCUGAGGACGUGGGGUCAUCGCAUUCGACGACGAAUUCAUGUUUGUUGUAUUCACCCUAGCUCCAUCGCAUCGUACAUAUGCACUU